AUGCCUGCGCCAGCCUCCAACAAGCGCAACAAGCGCAUCAGCCGGAACCUCAUAAUCGGUUCCGAAGCCUGGCAGUUGCCCCCAGUAGGCCACCCCGACCGCCCCAAGGGCGUGCCAGACGACCACACCAAGCGCUGGACCGUAUACGUGCGAGUACCCGACGGCGAUCCCGAUAUCAGAGCAUGGCUCAACAAAGUCUCAUUUAAGAUUUUCAACACAUACGAAAACCCGUUGCGCAUGGUCGAGAAGCCGCCGUUUGAGGUGACCGAGACAGGAUGGGGAGGCUUCAACAUCGAUAUAAGACUGCACUUCCAGCCCAUCUCAGGCGAGAAGGCGCAAUACCGACAACAUUUCUUGCAGCUGGAAAAGUAUGGUGACGACAAAAUGCAAGCAGAGCAGGAACGGUCAGGCUGUGUGCGCUCCGAAUUCCUCGAAGUUGUGCAGUUCAACGAGCCCACCGAAGCCCUCUUCGACGCCCUCACAUCGGAAGACCAGUGGAACUACCUCAUACCUGCCGGUAAGGGCGGCUCGAAGAAGGCAUCGCUGGGCGCAAACGGAAGACUUAGGCGCGGCCUGCCCAAUGGCGAGCGGAGCGCUCAGCUGCCAGAGAAGGGAGGCGAUGAAGUUCCCUUCAGUCAGGAACAAGAGCAGGCACUACAAGAUUUCUUCAAGCAAAAGAUGGAGGACGUAGAGAAGCAAUUGGACAAAGAGGCCAAGAAGAAGGAAGAGGUAGAAGCUAAGCUUAAAGCAUUACGCAGUGAGCUGGGGCACGAGGCUGCUCAGCAGGCAGCGCAGCAGGCUAGUGGAGACAGGAGCCGGCGCAGGUGA